AUGCGCCUCAGCAUCUCCCCAGCUAACCUGUACACAGCAUACUAUGCGAGGACCAAGGGCAGGACUCAGGAGAUCCCACCCGACGGCAGCCGGUCACCCCUCCCGGCCUCCGGCGCCCGGUCACCACUUCCGCCUCGGACACCCCUCAAUGGACAACCCCAGUCCCGCUCGCUACCAGACCUGAGCGCCGACGUUCGCACUGCUCUCCAAGCUCCCAAACAUGACGAUGUAACCUACCGGCACAGCAUCUGGACCCGCUGCCGGUGCUGCCGCGCCGGACGGAGUCCCCUCGCUCUCGUCCAUAGAAUCGUUCUGGUACCACUCGCCGACGCACUUCGGUUUCUCGAAGAGGCGGCCGAAUCUGUGCCGCCAGUCAUUCCCGCCUUGGUGGCUGUGCUUUUCUUGCUUGUUGCGUUGCCUCUAAUGAUUGCAUGGAAUGUCAUAUAG